AGGUAGGGUCCACUCAUUUUGCUUGGGAAACUAGAAACUUCCAUAAUCCAAGGUUGCCUCCCGUUCCCCCAAUUUUGUGUUCUCUUUCCAAAUUAGGGUUUCUGGAACCCCACUCCCUAUUUUCUUAGGGCUUUUAAAAACUUAAAAACGCAUUCCCUCUCUUUCUUUCUCCAUUUCCUUUGGAUUCCCUUCAAAUUAAAUUGGGGAAAAGAAUCCUAAUCGGAUCUUGCAUAGCUUUGAAUUCCAUCCACUAUGGCGGAGCACUUGGCUUCAAUUUUCGGCACCGAGAAGGACCGCGUUAACUGCCCAUUCUACUUCAAGAUCGGGGCAUGCCGCCACGGAGAUCGUUGCUCCCGCCUCCACAAUCGCCCCACAAUAUCGCCAACUCUCCUUCUUUCCAAUAUGUAUCAGCGCCCCGAUAUGAUCACCCCGGGCGUCGAUGCCCAGGGCCAGCCCAUCGACCCCCGAAAGAUCCAGGAACACUUCGAGGACUUCUACGAAGACAUUUUCGAAGAACUCGGAAAAUUUGGUGAGAUCGAGAGCCUCAACGUCUGCGAUAAUCUCGCCGACCACAUGAUCGGUAACGUCUAUGUCCAGUUCAGGGAGGAGGAGCAGGCCGCCGCUGCGUUGCAAGCUCUGCAGGGUCGCUUCUACUCAGGUCGCCCGAUUAUUGCUGAUUUUUCGCCGGUGACUGAUUUCCGCGAAGCUACGUGCAGGCAAUAUGAGGAAAAUAAUUGUAACCGUGGGGGUUACUGUAACUUCAUGCACGUGAAGUUAAUUGGGAGAGAGUUGAGGAGGAAACUGUUCGGAAGGUACCGUGGAUACAGACGUAGUAGGAGCCGGAGCCGGAGCGGUAGUCCAAGGCACCGGAGGGAUAGGGAUAUUGAUAGGCGCGAGAAGGAUUUUCGGGACCGAGACCGUGAUUUCCGUGGGAAUGGGCGUAAGAGCGGAGACAGGCACGACAGGUAUGAUAGAGAUGGUGGCAGAAGAAGACACGGUAGUCCCAGGCGGAGCAGGAGCCCAGUCAGGGAAGGCAGUGAAGAACGCAGAGCCAGGAUUGAACAAUGGAACAGAGAGAGGGAGGAGAAGCAGUGAGGGAGACCGAGCUGCCUUGUUCCUAAUGGGACAGGUCUUUUAGCAAUUUCCAUCAUUGGUAAUGUAUCUUGGCUCAGAUGUUUAGUAUAUGCUCCUUCAAGCACUGGACAUUUGACACUUGAUGGCGUUCAUUUGAAGGAAUGGAACUAUUUUUUUGAUGCUAGGAUGGUGGUGUUAGUAAUCAUGUCAGUUAAAGAGUGGUAGUUUAGCACUGAUGGACAGUAUUUUUUUCCCUUCCUUUUUGGGUUCAAGGAGCUUCAAUCAUACUAAAAUUGCUUUA